AUGACAGAAGAAAUCGACUACGAAUCGCUACCUGCUAACGCUCCGCUUGGCCAACAGCUGGCUGCGGGAGCAUUUGCAGGGAUUAUGGAGCAUUCGAUCAUGUUCCCCAUCGACGCUAUAAAGACCAGAAUGCAAGCGAUCAGUGCUGGGCUCGGGACGGCUGGAACCGCAGCACGGCUGCCGGUUACGAUGCUGCAGCAGAUAUCACGAAUUUCCACGACAGAGGGCUCGCUUGCGCUGUGGAAAGGUGUUCAGUCGGUGAUCCUAGGGGCGGGGCCGGCGCACGCGGUGUACUUUGCCACAUACGAGAUGUGUAAGGGCUAUCUGAUCGAUCCGCAGGAUUUCCAAACACACCAGCCGCUGAAGACUGCGCUCAGUGGUGUUGCGGCCACGAUCGCAGCAGACGCGCUCAUGAACCCCUUCGACACCAUCAAACAACGCAUGCAACUGCAAUCGCGCGGUGGCGACAAGAUGUGGGCGACAGCCACACGCAUGUAUCGGAACGAGGGCCUCAGCUCCUUUUUCUACUCCUACCCUACCACAAUUGCCAUGAAUAUCCCCUUCGCAGCCUUCAACUUCGUGAUUUACGAAUCCUCUACUAAACUGCUUAACCCUGUAAAUUCCUACAACCCGCUUGUGCAUUGUCUGUGCGGUGGUCUGAGCGGUGCCACAUGCGCAGCAAUUACCAUGCCAUUGGAUUGCAUCAAGACAGUUCUCCAAGUGCGCGGCAGCGAAAGUGUCGUACACCCGCUUUUCAAGCAGGCCGACACUUUCUCAAAGGCUGCCAGAGCUAUAUUUAAAGUGUACGGCUGGUCAGGGUUCUGGCGCGGUCUCAAACCACGUAUCAUUAGCAACAUGCCUGCCACCGCCAUAUCGUGGACUGCAUACGAAUGUGCCAAGCAUUUCCUGUUCUAG